AUGCGCGGGACGUGCAUCUUUGUUGUUGAGGGAUCUUUGUUGUUGGGGAGAGGUGUUAUGACCUGCCAGUAUUGUGCCGAUAAAUAUCAUUUAAUGAAAAAUAUACAAUUUAAUACAAAUGUUAGCCAAUGUCGUUGGAUUGAAGAACGACAACAAUGGCGUGUAACUUCUAAUAAUAAUCAAUAUUUAUAUGCUCAAUAUUUAGUUGCUGGUUAUGGUCCCUUAUCAAAUGCACAAUACCUUGAUAACAUUGAAGGUAUUCAAACAUUUCAAGGUGAUCAAUUUCAUUCAGCUAAAUGGAAUACAAAUCAUUCGUUUGAUAAAAAACGUGUGGCUGUAAUUGGUACUGGUGCAAGUGCUUUAAGGUCCUAUUCGUAUUGGACAUACGAAGUAACUGUUUUACCAUCUGUGCAUCGAUGGCCAUUACGUCAUGGGCUACAAAUAUUGAUGAAAUAUAAUCUUUAUAGUCAAGUUAGACAUCCAGAAUUGCGAAAAAAUCAACACCUAAAGUUGAACUAG